GGGCGGCGGCUCAGGCUCCGGUCCCCACAAAGGAGCCGGGAGGCGGCCGGGAUCCGACCAUCUUCUUUAGCAUCCACCGGAAGCUUGCGCCAGGCCCCGAUGCCCAGCCGCACGGCAUCCCGAGUGCCCCAUGGCGACAGCCCAGCCGGCCCGCCCGGCGGGGCCCAGAACCGCCCCACGGUGCUCACUCGCGGAACCAGCGCCCCCUCCAGGAAGCAGCAGGUGCCACCGUACCCCGUGGCAAUGGGGGAUCCCCAAACCACCCCCCAGCUCCAGGCCCUGCUCCAGGACACCCAGCGCCAGGCACUGCUCAUCCAACAGAUCUCUCCGGAGCCCAGCGCCCGCCCCUCCAUCCUGCACCUCCAGCCCCCGGGCGUGGUGGUGGUGAGGUCCCGCCACGGCUUGACACAUGGGAUUAACAUAAAAGGCAUGGAGUGGAUUCUGAGGGACCCAGCUGCCCCCCGCUACGCCCCCCACUCCCCGGACCAGUCUCCCCACCACCACUGCCCCAGCCCUGGGGACCACAGGGGGCAGAAUGAGAGACCCCCCCGGCAGGAGCCGCUGUGGGCGCAGGAUGGGGCAGCCCGGUGCCGGCGGCAGAGGGAGCUGGUCGAGCACCUGGAGGAGCAGCUGGAGCAGGAGCGGCGUCGCCUGGGGGCCAUGCAGGCCCAGCUGGCCACGAUGGAGGCCACAGACCGAGCCCUCGACCCAGCACUGUCAGCGAGGGGCCAGCGCUGCCCCACCCGACCCCCCAGCCCCUCAGGCUGGGCCUGCUCGGGAGCUGCCCUCCCUGCCCAGAAGGGGGCGCUGCAGACUCCACUGACCCCCCAGCCCCACUCCUGGGGCAGCCACGGUGUCGGCAUCUUCUCAGACCUGGGCCCAAGCCUGGAAUUUUAUCGGCUCAGCACGGCCCGGCCGCCCUUCACCUACGCGAUGCUGAUCCGCUGGGCCAUUCUGGAGUCCAGCCAGCGGCAGCUGACGCUGAACGAGAUUUACCAGUGGUUCAGCCGCAUGUUCGGCUACUUCCGGCACAACACGGCCACCUGGAAGAACGCCGUGCGACACAACCUGAGCCUGCACAAGUGCUUCGUGCGCGUGGAGCACGUGAAAGGCGCCGUGUGGACAGUGGACGAGGACGAGUUCCAGAAGAAGCGGAGCCAGCGGUCGCCCCUGCACCUGCUGAAGCACCUGCUGCCCCCUCUGCCCUCCACACCCUCCGCCCGUCCCAGCCUGUGAGACGCCCCCAGGGCAGCUCCAGGGGCUGAGCCCACCCCCCAUGUGCGUGGGGGGGGGGGAGGACACGGAUGGAGCCACGCACCCCCCGCCCUUGGACACAGGAGCUGUCUGCAAAACCAUGGACUUUAUUGACCUCGUUCCACCAGGGGAAUUGGAGGGACGGACGCGGCACCCCAGCCACAGCUGCCUUGACCCCAGGCUGCAGGGGGGGGGGAAUAAAAGGAGCAAAAUCCA